GUAGUUACAAUAUAACUCGUGUCAAAGGGGUACUCACUGAGCAAUAUUAUUUUUACGGCGUUAAUUCUCCACUGCGCUGUACGUACAUCUGUGAGCGGCUUUACCAGAAACGUAGUUCUACGGAGAUCGUUGAUAUCGUACGAGCGUCGGACUGUGUUUGUUUGGAUUAUUAUCAUACUGCAAUAAGGAACGGAUGCUACUAGAGUCGACACCGGAAAACAGAAAGGUCGUUACCAGCAGCUGUCGACGCGACGAGGGAACUGACCUAGUAAAUUACCGGUUAUUACGCGCAUCAGGUUGCUAUAUAAUUGCAGAGAGAGAGUGGGAGACGUAACACAGUACACUGUUUAACACUGCUGCUUUAACCGGCCUCAACUGGCAGGUAUUAAUGAGAUCGGCAUCUCACCGCUGGCUACAAUUCGCGGCCAUUGAUAAACAGUGAUAUAAGCGUUUCAAAACUCAACGACACUUUAUAUCAACCAAGAACUGUCCGCGGGUGCUUAAAGUACACCACUUGAGUAUUAACCGGUUCCUUUUCUCUUAGACUGGCCAGUUAUACAGAGUAAAUCGCCACAGGAGCAGCUAUCUAUAACUAAGACACACUUUGUUAUACACACCUCUCUACUAAAAGACACAAACACUACAGAGACACAAAAUGGAUCGCACUGUUACUAUGACUAACCGAAGCACUUCCGCUGGUUACCGUUUUCCUGUUGCUCCUCGUCCCCACAGCUCGUACCAUCAGACGUGUAUACCGGCAGAGAAGAAGAGCAACCCAGCGCCAGCACCUCCUCAAAAUUACUCCCAGGAGGUUUAUGAGAAAUGUGAUGCGGUGACGCAAGACAAGAUCUGGAAACAGAGUGUGUCGAAUGAACAGAAAGGUCUUGCGAAAUGGGAGGAAAGCUGGGGAUUUUUGAAAGACUACGACCAAAAGGGCGAAUUAAAAGAACCGGAAGAGUUACCUGAAAAAGUAUCUGUGUUUUCCGACGACCAUCCUAACACGGCGACUCAGGUCAUCGGGAGUCGACUUAAAACUGAGACUGCGCAGAAGAUGCUGAGUUUAGAACACAGAUUCAUGUCGCAUAAUAGGAGAAGAACGGCGCCCGAUUUGCUUUGUUAUGACUAGACAUUGCCAUGACUACACACGGAUAAUUCCUCAAGGAUGUAUGUUACAAUGAAGCAACUCAUCAGACAUUUACAGGGAUAUUAGUUUUCCCGGGUUUGACGUAACCACAUCCAAUAUAGUUGUAAUUGUCGUGCAAGAAAGACGCGUAGUGAACGUAAUGUGUUGCUUCGUUGUUUUGGCGCAGUACGUUCAACAAGUAUGUGUAUGCUGAUCAGAUGUUGCAUAGGAGAAGAAUUGCUUGUAUAAAAAUUAGGAUUAUUAUCCAGCUAGAUCGUUUUCUGUGUAAACGUAUAACGGCAAAGCAAGAACACAAAUCCAGCAAAAUAAAGGACAGUCUCUGUACUUGAACAGUUCAAAACUAAGCUGAAAAAAUAACAUAACAUUCCUAUAACUUCACUUUCCCAUGAUGCACAAUUCUUUACUGGAAUAUACUGCCCUCUAUCAACAAGUGAUUCCCCAAGAUUGAAAAGUACAGACUGAGGGUAGCAUGCGUUACUUGGCACAAAAAUGAAGUACAAUGACAAACUUCAUGAAACGUCUUUUUAUGAUUAAUUAUGUUGGACAAUCGUUUUAUUUUAAAAGUAUAACUAAUAACUAAAGGGUCAUAGUUUUUUUGUAAUAUCAACAUGUAACAUCAUGUCAACUGCGACAAAAAGUAGAUUUAGUACUACUAGUAGUUAAUUUCGUACAUGUCUCAGUUCUCGCCACGACACUGCGCCCUCUGUUGGUGUUUAUUUUGUGUUCUUUCGUUUCUAUAAUUUGAGCAAGCGGAUUCUGCUAUAGAAAUACACAUUCCUUACAAUUGACGGCGCGUGUUAUAUUUUAUCGGUAGAGACGGAUGGCAAGAUGUCGGUAUUAUAAGCCAAAGACUACUCAAUAGAGUAUAUAUAUAUUGUUAUGAAUUGGAGUAUAAUAAAUUUGGUGUCAAAUUAAAAUAAAUUACAAAAGUA